AUGCCCUCUUGUGAAAUUCAUGAGGGGAAUGUUGUCGUUCCAGCACCGGAAGCAAUUAUGGAACCAGGCGUUGCUGAUGCUUUGCGUAUCUAUCUGGAAGAGGGUAGUGGAUGCACUGAAACCGCCAUUGAAGCGAUGGUUUCGGGAUAUCAAGCAUAUGCUCAGUCAGUAAAUAUGAUGUCUGAUUGGCUAACCACAUUGGGUGAUGUGCCGCCGGAAGAACCUGUACCAGUUGUCCAACCAAAGAAAACAAAACGAGGUCGACGAGGAGCGAAACAAGCAGCAGCUAAGAAAGCCGAAGAAGAGGAGGCGAAGCGUAAGGAGGAAGAGAAGGCGAAAGAGCUGGACACACCGAAAAGUCCGACCAAAAAACAUGAGACAGAGAGGAAAUUGGAGCCGUUUUAUGGAAGAAUGGGUAAGUUUUAUUAA